AUGCCAUCAACCCAAUCGAAGCCAUACUCCUGUGUGACUUGCCAUCGAAGAAAAGUCAAAUGUGAUCGCCAGGAGCCAUGCUCAAAUUGCGCCAAAGCUUGCGCCGAUUGUAUCUACCAGGCUCCGCCACCUCCGCGGCGCCGAAAGAGGGAACACGAUGCUGAUGUAGAUGUCUCUGUGGAACGAGGAAGGUCUCUCCGCCUAAUCCCUAAGGAUACACCUCUUGCGGACGGUAGAGAGCGAGAAACCGUGACACCAACAAAUGAUGCAACAAGGAGCGCCGAGAAAUCUCAAGCUGAAUCAGGGCAAAUGAUUGCAAAGGAGGGCGGCUCAGUUUAUUUGGAUACCACGCUUUGGACAAGUGUGCGCAGAGAGCUUCCUGACACAACAGAGGUCUUCGGCGUUGUGGCGGAUGACAGCGAUGAUAAUAUUUCCCAAGGUGGAGAUGAAGGCUACUUUUUGUUGUCAGGUCAUAAGACUUGCACGAAAUUGGCCGAACGACAUCCUAAUACUCUACACAUAUUCAAAUUAUGGCAGACGUUCCUUGAAAGGGUCAAUCCAUUGACCAAGCUUGUCCAUGUUCCGACUGUUCAGCAGCAAAUUCUGGAUGCCAUGAGUGAUUUAGAAAAUACCAGCAAUGCUGUUGAAGCCUUGAUGUUCUCAAUAUAUUGCGUCGCUUUGACAUCUCUGUGGCCAGAGGAAGUCGACAAAACGUUCGGCGAGGCCAAGAAGAGCCUUCUCUCUAAAUUCCGGCGAGGGGCACAGCAGGCUUUUCGAAACGCACACUUUCUUCGUUCAUCGAAUACGAUGGUGCUUCAAGCAUUCAUGCUGUAUUUGUUGUCGAUGCGAUCAUUUUCUGACCCAGGCACAAUUUGGAUGUUGAGUGGCAUUGCGUCACGUAUGGCACAAAAGAUGGGUAUCCAUCGCGAUGGCUCCCAUCAUGGGCUGUCGAUAUUUGAAACUGAGAUGCGACGCCGUAUCUGGUUUCAGCUUUUGGUGAUGGAAGGAACCUCAGCAGAGUUCUGCGGAGUUGCGGCUGCCCCAUUUGUCGACGCCGACACUAAGCCGCCCAUGAAUGUCAAUGAUAGCGAUCUUGAUCCACGAAUGACUGAGCCCGCUUGCGAGAAAGAAGGUCCCACUGAGAUGGUCUUUGUUCUGGCUCGGUGUGAGUUUGGCAACUGGUUGCGACGAUGGAAAAGCGACGCUCCUAGCUCAGGCUCUCCUUGGUCUUUCCUAACGUCCGCGAAGUUGUCAGCAGUAGAGAAAGAUCGAAGUAUCGAUGAACUAGAGACCGUGAUGGAACGGAAGUUUUUGAGAUACUGCGACCAGUCGAUACCUCUUCACUCGGCUGUCAUUCUCAUGGUCCGGUCAGCCUGUCAUUAUACGAGAUUACUGGCGCAUCACCCACGUCACCAUCGGGCCCCGAAGACCCCUCUCGCCGAGGAAGAGAAAGACAUCGUUUACAAAGUAUGUUUGAAGAUGAUCGAGUACGCUGAUUACGGCCAGACAAAUCCCGACGUAAGACAAUUUGCGUGGCACAUAACAAAUCACAUGCCCUGGGAUGCCAUCAUCUUUGUGUUGUCUGAAAUGCGACAUGGAAACGACUUUUGCGCAAAAGAGAGAGUUUGGGAGAUCAUUUGCAAUGUCUGUGGUCGAUAUGUCCGCCACAGGCAAGCGGCCUCGCAGAUACCCCUUCACCGGGCGCUUCAACGCCUGUUCCUUAAAUCGUGGAGGAGUUACGCUAAAAACUGUCGUGAAAACAACUACACGCCGACAGCUUGUCUGUCCGCGAUCAAAAACAUGGCGGACACUUGGGGGGACUCCCCCGAGUCGAAGGCUCUACGGGAAGAAUUGCGACUAGAUGCGAACAUUGUCCUAGACGAGCAAGCUGAAGCACCUCGCACUCUAUCAGAUCGCGAAGCUGGUGGGUUUGAAACUCUCCUCGGCGAUAGCCCCUUGAACUGGCUCGAAUGGGAGGAACUGUUGAAUCAGUGUCCGGAUUCGUUCAUGGAGGAUAUGACGGCGAUGACAGGUUUCGUAUGA